GCUGCUGCUGCUAGUGGUUCCAUUUGGCCGCCCCGAGGAAGGAGCCGGCGCCAUUGCCAGGAGGAUUAGAGCCGGGGGGGCCGCAGCGUGCGCGCCCCUUCCUCCGUGCCGGGGCCAUUGCCUGGCAGAGGGCAGCGGGCGCCCUCGUGCUUGUGCCCCCUUGACCUCUCCCGCAGGAUGCCUGCCUUGCCCCGGCGGCCCAGCGCGGCCACCACCUCUGCCUUGCUCCUCCUGCUGCUGCUCCUGCCGCCGCCGCCGGUCUCCUCGGCUUGGGCGCGAAGCAACUCCCGGGCGCCGGCGGGGUCGCUGCCCAACGCCGCCGCCACGACCCCCAUCGCCAUCAUGGGCUUGAUGCCGCUCAGCGACUCGGUGGAGAAGGGCAGGAUCGGCCGGGGGGUCCUGCCGGCCAUGCAACUGGCCAUGGAGCAGAUCCUCAACGAGUCCUUGCUCGACCCUUACUCGCUGGACCUGCGCUACUACGACACCGAGUGUGACAAUGCAAAGGGACUUAAAGCCUUCUACGAUGCAAUAAAAUAUGGACCUACACACUUAAUGGUUUUUGGUGGAGUAUGUACAACUGUAACAUCCAUCAUUGCUGAAUCCCUAAUAGGAUGGAAUUUGGUACAGCUUUCAUUUGCAGCAACGACACCAGAGUUAGCUGAUAAGAAAAAGUAUCCUUAUUUCUUCCGGACAGUGCCAUCCGAUAACGCUGUGAACCCUGCAAUUCUGAAGUUGCUCAAACACUACAAAUGGAAAAGGGUGGGGACUCUGACCCAAGACAUACAAAGAUUUUCUGAGGUGCGGAAUGAUCUGACUGGUGUCCUGUAUGGAGAAGAUAUUGAAAUAUCAGACACAGAGAGUUUCUCUAAUGAUCCCUGCACAAGUGUCAAAAAACUCAAGGGAAAUGAUGUCCGAAUUAUCCUUGGCCAGUUCAAUGAGGAAAUGGCGGCAAAAGUAUUCUGCUGUGCAUUUAAUGAAAAGAUGUUUGGCCCUAAAUAUCAGUGGAUCAUUCCUGGGUGGUAUCAGAGCCAUUGGUGGGAAAAGGCUAUUCCAAAGCUUAACUCGUCUCACUGUCUCACCUUGAACCUUCUUGGCGCCAUGGAAGGGUACAUUGGAGUGGAUUUUGAACCUCUCAGUUCAAAACCGGUCAAAACCAUUUCAGGAAGGACACCACAGCAGUAUGAAGAGGAGUAUGAUCAAAGGCGAGGGAAUGUUGAGCCAAGUAAGUUCCAUGGCUUUGCUUAUGAUGGAAUUUGGGUUAUUGCCAAAACACUUCAGCAAGCAAUGAAGAUUCUCAAUGCCACCAGCAGAAACCAAAAAAUUGAGGACUUUAACUACACCAACAAGGAACUUGGAAAAAUUUUCCUAGAUGCAAUGAAUCAGACCAACUUCUUUGGUGUAACGGGUCAAGUUAUGUUCAGAAAUGGAGAGAGGAUGGGGACAAUCAAAUUUACACAGUUCCAAGACAAAAAGGAAGUGAAGGUGGGGGAAUAUAAUGCUAUACUUGAUUCACUGGAAAUGAUUAACAACACCAUCAAAUUCCACGGGAAAGAGCCACCUAAGGACAGAACAAUUAUCCAAAAGCAACUUCGCAAGAUCUCCUUACCUCUUUACAGUAUUCUUUCAGCACUCACAAUCCUGGGAAUGAUCAUGGCCAGUGCUUUUUUGUUCUUUAACAUCAAAAACCGAAAGCAGAAGUUGAUAAAGAUGUCCAGUCCCUACAUGAACAACCUCAUCAUUCUUGGAGGGAUGCUCUCCUAUGCCUCAAUAUUCCUUUUUGGCCUUGAUGGAUCUUUUGUCUCCGAAAAGACGUUUGAGACACUUUGUACCGUUCGGACAUGGAUACUGACGGUGGGCUACACAACUGCGUUUGGUGCAAUGUUUGCAAAAACAUGGAGAGUCCAUGCAAUAUUCAAAAAUGUAAAAAUGAAGAAAAAGAUCAUUAAGGACCAAAAGCUUCUGGUAAUAGUUGGGGGAAUGCUGCUGAUAGAUCUUUGCAUCUUGAUUUGCUGGCAAGUAGUUGAUCCCUUGAGGAGGACAGUGGAAAAUUACAACAUGGAGCCUGAUCCUGCAGGCCGAGAUAUUUCUAUUCUUCCCAUUUUGGAACACUGUGAAAACACUCACAUGACCAUUUGGCUUGGCAUUGUUUAUGCCUACAAAGGCCUACUCAUGGUAAGUCUAAUGCUAUUUGGUUGCUUUUUGGCUUGGGAGACUCGAAAUGUGAGCAUUCCUGCUCUGAACGACAGUAAAUACAUUGGCAUGAGUGUUUACAAUGUGGGCAUCAUGUGCAUUAUUGGAGCUGCUGUUUCCUUUCUCACACGGGACCAGCCCAAUGUUCAAUUCUGCAUUGUGGCACUAGUCAUUAUAUUUUGUAGUACUAUUACGCUCUGCUUAGUCUUUGUUCCUAAGCUAAUCACACUGAGAACAAAUCCAGACGCUGCCACCCGAAACAGAGGACUCCAGUUCACUCAGAACCAGAAGAAAGAUGACUCAAAAACAUCAACAUCAGUCACCAGUGUCAACCAGGCCAGCACAUCGAGGUUGGAAGGCCUACAGUCAGAAAACCACCAGCUGAGAAUGAAAAUAACAGAGUUGGACAAAGCUUUAGAAGAAGUCACUAUGCAGCUUCAAGACACCCCUGACAAGACAACAUAUAUUAAGCAGAACCACUAUCAGGAGCUCAAUGACAUCCUCAGUAUACGGAACUUUACAGAAAAUAAAGAUGGUGAAAAAGCUGUAUUGAAAAACCACCUUGAUCAAAAUCCGCAAGCCCAGUGGAAUACGACAGAGACCUCCAGAACAAGCAAAGACUUUACAGAAGAUAUCAAUUCCCCAGAACACAUACAGCGUCGACUCUCCUUACAACUGCCCAUUCUCCAUCAUGCCUAUUUGCCAUCAAUAGGAGGGGUCGAUGCCAGCUGUGCCAGUCCAUGCGUCAGCCCCAGCGCCAGUCCACGGCACCGGCACGUACCGCCAUCUUUCCGUGUGAUGGUCUCUGGCCUGUAGGAGGACCAGAGCUCCGUGAACUUGCUU